GUGCUGCGCCAGCUGGUCGCCUACCUCUACACGCUGCAGGCGCCGCAGCUGCCCAGCCUGGCCCCCCAGCUGCUGGCAGCUGCCGACGAGUACGGCUUGCCGGCGCUGAAGGCUGCCUGCGAGCGGCAGGUGGCCGGGCAGCUCACCGUGGAGAACGCGGCGGCCGCGGCGGUGCUCGCGCUGAAACACUCCUGCGCCAGCCUCCGGCAGGCCGCCGUCGCGUUCCUCAAGGCCAACACCCACAGCGUGAUGAUGACGCAGGGCUGGGCAGACGCUGUGGUCAGCCACCCGCACUCUGUUGUCGAGUUGACUCGCCUGAUUGCAGAGCCACCUGCAGAAACUAGCGCUCCAUCCUCUCCGGAGGGCAGGCCCACCCCCGGCGCCGACUCACAGCCGCGCAGCGACCCCGGCCGGACUGCUGUCGCAACUGCGCCGCCCACCGCUCCCCGACACUCUCCUCCACUUGACGACGCUGUCGUCUCUCGCAUGCGGAGCAUUUCUGAGGAGGAAAGAGGUAGAAGGUUGAUCCAGGCUGCUAAGCUGGGGAUGGAGGAGGAGCUACAGGUGCUGCUGGCGGCAGGAGCGAACGUGAGGGUGAGAGACGAAAACUGGAGCGGAUGGACCGCCCUGCAUUGGGCAGCACAGUGGGGACACGUGGAGGCAGUGAGGCGUCUCGUGCAGGGCGGGGCCGAGCUCGACGCCAGGGACAACUGCCAGAGCACGCCCAUGCACCUGGCUGCGUUCUCUGGCCACGCCACCGUUGUGAAGAUGCUGGCGGCGUCCUCUGCGGAUCCCAAUGCCAGGAACCAGUGGGGAGCGACGCCCCUGCACUGUGCGGCUUACUGCGGCUACGCAGACGUGGCAGCCGCACUGCUGGAAGUCGGCGCCAACAGGGUGGCGAGAGAGAUCAUGGGCUGGACGGCCCUGGACCUCGCAAGGCUGAACAAACACGAGCACCUCGAAAAGAUGCUAAUUUGAAGGUUGCAGCCCUUCACUCAUCCUUAUUUUCAAAAUAAAGAAUUAAAAAAACA